CGCCUGAGCGCAGAGGACAUGCGCGCUGAGCAGCGGGUGUAACAGACCGCCUCUGAUCGCUCAUCACUCCAUGAUCACUCAAUUAUGGUGCGGGACUCGCGUUUUCUAGUCGCCUGUUCCUGUGGGAAGGAAACAAAGUGAGGAGGCAUUUCUUGUUCCAUUUAUAUGCGGCCAAACAACUGAUACUUUUUUCGCUGUUUUUGGAGCUUUACCUGUGUUGUAGCUCCGGAGUGUUGUUAUUAGAUUUUUCUAACAAUCGGUCCUCCCCGCCGCCACCCUGAAGUUCAUUGUUGUUAUCUUGGCCGCCGGGAUGGUGGCCUUCAUCGGAGCGGUUGUCUGCAUCAUCGCGGCCGUUCACACCGGAUCCAACAAGGCAGCCGCGGCGCAACGGCAACUAGCAAACAGCAGCCACUCGCUGUAUCCGGGCGCAGCGGCGCAGACCCCCGCUGCCGGGGGUUCCAUGGCCCGGACCGGAUCGUUGGGCGCUCUACAUGGUUCUGAAAUUCCUGAUUCUGAAGCUCCUACUUUCAACAUCGGGCUUAGCGGGGUCACCGGACUCACUGGACACGACCCGGCGGUCAGUCGCCUGAUUUGCACACCGAUCCCUGCCGGUGAGUGCAACCCGAAAAACUUUCAGCAACAAGCGGACGACCCGUCACUGUAUGCGGGUGAAGACUGGGGCUAUCUCCGCACCACCGCGGAGGAGCUUCGGCAUACUGUUCUGCAGCAAAGGGACCAGAUAUUAACCGACCAGCGGACCAUCCGAGAGCUCACGGGGAAACUAUCCGAGUGUGAGAAGGGGCUGGACGGCAAGAGCAGCAGAGCGAACAGACGCGGGAGCGCCGCGGGGCUGCUGGGGGGCAAGGGCACGGUGGAGGAGACGCACCUGGAGCGGAUGAUGGUGCGGGACAGCCCGGCGUCGGAGCCCGACAGCGUCCACCUGCUCAAUGUCAGGGCUGUGGAUGAACUGGAACAGGCGAUCACUCAGCUCAAAGACCGCAUAGAGAAACUGGAGACGGACAUUAGCCCAUUUCCUCACAACCACACGGACAGCAGCACCGCAGCAGGGCCAGAGGAGAGCCAGAUGUCUGGUGGCCCAGAAAGCCUGGCUGAUCUUGGACACAAUGCUGGUGCUGACAGGUCCUGGAGAAUGGACGACUUGGAGGGGGAGCUGGAGAAGAAGGUGGUGCUGCUGGAGAAAGAAAGAAAAGCCCUGAGGCUUCAAACGGAGCAGCACAAACAGGAAAUCGACCUGGGCAUCAAUAAACUGCACCACCAACUCUCAGGACUGGAGGAAGGUAUCUCAGGCCAUUCUUUUCCAGAGGGCUACAGACUGUCCUUCCCAACACGGACAAGCUACAUGCACGCUGUUGUGAAACACUCCGUGCCAAUGCUGCGGGCCUUCACCCUCUGUCUGUGGCUGCGACCCGCAGAGGGACGCAUCGGGACGCCUCUGUCCUACGCUGUUCCAGAGCAGCCCAACGAACUGGUGCUGCUGCAGGGCCUGCACUCUCCAGCUGAGCUGCUCAUCAAUGACAAGGUGGCACAACUGCCUCUGAACCUCUCCAGAGGCAGCUGGCAGCACAUCUGCAUGAGCUGGAGCCAGAAGGGAGGAGCCUGGCAGGCCUACCAGGGAGGCAAGCUGAGGGGAGAGGGCCAUGCGCUGGCAGCUGGACAUCACAUCAGACCUGGAGGAAUGCUCAUACUGGGGCAGGAGCAGGAUUCCCUAGGUGGAGGGUUUGAUUCAUCCCAGGCUCUGGUUGGAGAGUUGUCCCAGGUGGGUCUGUGGGACCGGGUCCUGUCUGCCAACCAGGUGGCCAGCUUGGCUCGCUGUGGAGGAGUAACCCAGGGCAGCGUGGCCCCCUGGACUGAGAAUGGAGUUCAGGUUUACGGUGGAGCCACCAAGGACCCGGGGGAGCCGUGUAGUAAACAUAGCAGAAAAUCUCAGUAGCUGACGGUCAGAGGCUUGGUGAAAAGAAAGACAGAAGGGCGGUGGGGGAUGAGAAGGAAAGUUGUAGCCAUUUCAGGAAGGUAGGUUUCCAUCUGCCCAGCUUUAACAUUACGACAGGAUGUUUUUAAGAACAGAAAACUAAUGGUGUAUUUAUAUGAGUUGGGGAUUUGCACUUAGGUUACCAAACUACUGAUUGACUGAAACAUUGCAAAAUAUAUUUGUCUCCAGAUUCAGGCUACCCUAAAUGAUCUCGUCAGUGGUCUUCCUACUUUCUAGGCAUUGUUAGCAACUGCGCAAAAGUUGCUAACUAGCGAGCAGAUAUGUUAGCAUUGGAAUACUUAGGUUAGUUGACCAAAGUUACUGCUGUAUAGUUAGCUAGCUUAGAAGCUGCCGUUAGCUAACCCUUAAGGACCUAAUAUUUUAACAUUUUGGGAAACACACUGAUUAGCUUUCUUAGCAAGAGAUAGAUAAAAAAAGGAAUAUUUCCCCCAUGUCUGUGCAUUAAAUAAGGAACUAGCAGCCUGAUAACUGAAAAUAAGGGGAAAUUACAAGAUCUGUCUAUCAGCACCUUUAAAGUUCACUGAUUAAGAUAUAUUUCAGUUGUCUAAUCUUCACCAAGAAAAAAAAACAAAAAAAAACAACUGGUAGCUGAAAUUUGUUACCUUUCCUCGUUUCUAUCUUUAUGCUAAGCUAACUUAGCUGGUUGCUAUUGGUAGCGUCAUAAUUAGCAUACAUACAUGUGAUUGGUAUCUAUCUUCUCGUCUAACUCUCAAUAAGCAAAUAUACCUAUUGCCCAAAAAAGUUUGACUUUAAACUUUUCAGACGUGGAGAUGUUGUGAAAUUAUCUCUGUUUUAUACUGUUGAGAGACAGUGAUGAUGUAACAAAUUCAGUGAGCUGUUUGCAGCUGCUGAAGCCUGAGAGCUGCUGACCUGCAGUAUGGCUGCCAGGAGUUGGAUGAAGCCAACUGAAAUCCCUCUAUGAAUGCAGUAGGGUUGGAGUGGAGAUAAUUAAGGGCUGUGACAGCUUUAGAGUUAGGAGUCAAGGUAAGGUGGUGAAAAAUGUUGGAGAAAGUGGAGGGAAUAUUAAGUAGUAGAUGGCAGCAUGGAGGGACA